AUGAUUCAACACGUCACUGAAAACAGAAACAUUUCCUUCCUGUCUGCUGGAUUCUUUGGUGAUGCGCAAAACCGGACAUCGGACAACUUAACUACGCCGACAGCUUCAUCUGCUAAUUCAACCUUUGUUCGUCCUGCAGCAUUCUUCAUUAAUGGAUUUUCUAAUAUUCCACAUGCAAAGUAUUACUAUGUGUUCUUGUGUUUGGUCUACGCUGUUACUGUUUUUGGGAAUUCUUUCAUCAUGUCGACCAUAUAUUUGGCCCGCAGACUUCACACGGCCAAAUAUGUCGCUGUCUUUCACCUGGCUUUAUCUGAUCUCGGCGGAAGCUCGGUGCUGAUUCCAAAACUCAUAGACAUGUUUUUGUUUGAUCAUCAGUAUAUUUCAUAUGAAGCUUGUUUGACUAAUAUGUUUUUUGUAUUUCAUUUCAUGAACCUGCAGUCUUUUACACUCCUCAUAUUGGCUUACGACCGUCUGAUUGCUAUUUGUUGUCCCCUAAAGUACCAUGCCAUCAUAACCAAAUCAUCCAUAUCAUGCAUCUUAAGUGCAGCCUGGAUUUGUUCAUUCAUUUUAUUUGCUGCACUUGUAGGAUUGGUCAAUAGACUCUCGUUUUGUAGAUCUAUUGUUGUGAAUAGUUAUUUCUGUGAUCACGGCCCUGUCAUUAGUCUUUCCUGUAACGAUAAUUCUAUAAAUUAUAGGUUGGCAUAUAUUUUGUUUGGCCUCUUGAUUUGCGCGCCAGUGGCGCUGAUAACCAGUUCAUAUUUGUGCAUCGCUGCAGCAUUGCUUAAACUUGCACAUGGCGCUGACCGGAAGAAAGCCAUGAAAACCUGCACCUCCCAUCUUGCAUUGGUGGCCAUUUUUUAUCUCCCAAUUUUAAGCGUGAAUGUUAAAUCUAUCGCAACAUCUAUUGAUCCAAAUGUCCGGAUCAUUAACAAUUCCCUGACGCAGAUAAUACCACCCAUGCUGAAUCCCAUCAUAUACACUCUAAAGACAGAAGAGGUCAUGCAAUCCAUAAAAGAACUGUACAAACGCAACAAGGUGGCCACUUUGGUGUCCAAAAAUGCAAAACGGGAAAAUGUAAUGAGAAAUACAUAA